AUGUCGGUAACUAUUGUAUCUGCCAUUGCGAUCUUUUUUGUGGCUAUCGCUCUCAAACUCCUAUCAAACUUUUAUUACGGUCCACUUUCAUCUCUCCCGGGGCCAUGUUACACAUGUGUCACAGGCAUUCCAUUACUCUAUUCCCGGGCCACCGGAACAAGUCGAGAACAUCUUCGUUGUCUCCACAAACGCUAUGGCCCGGUAGUAAGAGUCGGACCCACCGAGGUGUCUCUCAAUAGCGUUGAUGGUUACUACAAAGUCCACGGAGUGGGAAGCCACUGCAUCAAGGCUCCUGUUUUUGACAGUAUCCGGUUCAGUCACUCACCCAUGUUAUUCACCAUUCGGGAUCCGAAGUUUCAUGCGCAGCGCAAACGGAUUCUGGGCCGUGGUCUUGCUGCAAUGAAAGAAGGGCAAGAGUCCAAGAUUCGACGGUUGGCUGAGCUUGCUGUGUCAAACAUCGAGAAGGAGGUCCAAGAGGGCAAGUCUGAUGUAUACAAAUGGUGGCGAUGUUUAGCAGUUGAUGUGAUAAGUGAGAUGUCAUUUGGAAAGCCCUUUGAACUGCUUAGGCCGGGUGGUCAAGACCUGCCGGUAUACAAAGCCUUGGGCAAUGCAGGGUCGGGUGUUGUUCUCCAAGUGAUGCUACCCAGCUUUCUCCAGUCUCUUGUCAGGUGGUCUCCAAUAACUUGGCUUCGAGAUAUCGCCCGAGUCGGCGAGACCAUAUUCGGCCGAGUCUUGAUUGCACUCAACGAAGCCUCUUUACCCUCAUGCGGUCCAAGUAUGGUUCGUCACAUACUGGGUGAGGCUGAGUUGAGCAAGAGUCCUGUUUUGAGCGAUGAAGAGUUGGGAUCUGAGGUAUCCAUGAUGCUUGUGGCAGGUUCUGAUAGUACAGCGGCUACACUGACGUAUGCCACAUGGGCGAUAAUACGAGAUCCUGAUCUAAGGAGAAAGAUUGAGGAAGAGGUAGCCCGUCUUCCGGAACACUUCACCAUGAAGGAUCUGGAUCGUCUACCUCUUCUUAAUAGCACUCUGGAAGAGACUCUGAGGCUAUACAACCCUGCUGGUGCACUUGUGGAGAGAGUUUUACCUCCAAGUGGUAUGUCUAUCCACGGUUGGGAUCUCCCAGGUGGCACGAUGGUCUAUACAACAGGAUGGCUCAUCUCACGCCUUGAAGAUGUGUUUCCUGAUCCAGAUAUGUUCGACGCGACUAGAUUCAUUGAUCCGUCACCUGAGCAGACCAGAGCACAUGUACCUUUUAGCAUAGGCUCACGGAGCUGCAUCGGCAUGCAACUCGCGCGCAUGGAGAUUCUUGUCACGCUUGCAACAUUGUUCCGUCAGUGUAGAGACAUGAAGUUGCAUCAUGGUAUGACAGAUGAGAUGAUGACGCAGUUCGCCCCUCCUCCGCCUCGUCGUUCAAGCGGCGGUGGAUUCUUGGGCCUCUCAACUUGGCAGGUGAUAGCCCUCCUCAUCAUCCUCAUAUUACUGUUGUUGGGCAUUUUUAUGUGCAUGCGAAAGAAGAGUGAACCAAAGGCGCCGGAAGAGGACGAAGGUGAAGAGGAGGAGGAGGAGGAGGAGGAGGAGGAGGAAGGCGACGAGGAGGCAGCAGACGACGAUGAAGGGGAAGAAGAGCCUGUGCCGGAUGAAAUGCAAAUGAAUGCUUACAAUGCACAGUAUCUAGCCAAUCCCUACGGCAAUCCCUACGCACAACAACCAUCCAGCGCUACCAUUAUCGGAUCACAUGCUAUAUAUACCUUCCCGCGAGGGUUCGCUGUUGAAUGGUAG